GAGAGAGAGAAUGUACGUAACAAGGCCUCGAUCUCUGUUGAAAAGGGAUCCUGAAGCUCUUUCGCAUCCACCAGAGGGACCAAAUUUAGGGUACUUGGUUCUCCAAGAUAAAGAAGCUGAGUCAUACCGUUGUUUUGGUUUGUGGAAGAAGGGUAUAAGUAAUCUGCCAUUCCCACAGAACAGGAACUUGACUGUUUCUUACACAGUGCAUGCUGGAGAUGCCACCAUAGUUUUACGAGAUGCAGUCAUGUUUAUUCUUGUUCUUAAUCAGCCUUUGUCUUCCAAUCUCUAUUAUGUCAUACGAAGGAAAGGGAAGCAUCAAGGUAAAGCAAGCACAUGUUCUAAGGAAGAAGACAUGGGCACAUGUUUCUGCUGUAAUUACAUCAAAGACUUCAAACCAAGACCCCUAAAUCCUUCUGAUGAAUAUCAACAAUUUGAGAUAUUGAAAACGCGUUGUGGAUUCCGAGCCAAGUCUAGUGCGCCAGAUGGGUCCCCUCCUCUCUUCUUGAGGAGAAGAGGUUGGUGUCUCUGCACCAGCACACCCCGCCAUUAUCGUUUGAGUGAAGCUCUCGGCAUCAACCCUGGCUUGCGAGCCAAGUUACCGCCUUUCACCUUCUCAUCAUCAUCAUGUGAUCGCUCUGAGCCGGUGGUCGUCGGAAAAUGGUAUUGUCCUUUCAUGUUUGUGAAAGAAGAAGGAGUGAGUGUGAAGGAGCAGAUGAAGAGGUCAGUUUUCUAUGAAAUGACACUUGAAAGAAGGUGGGACAGAGUUUUCUCUAAGGAGAACAGUGCAAACAGUAAUGAAGUGUUUGUCGAUGUUGUGGUGAAAACUGAAGUCGCAGGUCUGGGGGAUGGGAGAGAAACUGUUUGGGAAGAAGGGAAAUUUGGUGAAGAGUUUGUGAUGUGGUUUUGGAAUUUGGAGGGAGGAGAGAGAAAAGUCGGGUUUAGCAUGGCUACUAUGAAGAGAAUGAGAUGGGAACAAGAGAGGGCUGAUUGGGUGGGAAAGAAUGGGAAGAAGCAAGUGAGGUUUGAAAGAAUGGAGAAUUUUGAAGGAAAGAGUAAUGAGUGGGAAAAUUUUGAGUUUUAUGUGAUGGCGGAAAGUUUUGUGUUGAGGAGAAUGGAUGGAAGCUUGGUGCUAACUUAUGAUUUUAGGCACACAAAUCAUUUUCUGUGUAAGUGGAAGUGAUUAUUUGUUAUUUCCAAAUGCUCUUUUGCGGUGUUCUUUAAUUUGGUUUAUAUAAAAUGUUGUUUGUUGUUACAACUUUGUAAUACUGUAUUAUUUUUUAUUUUUCUAUUUAACAUCAU